UCUCAUUAUCUCCGUUUUAACAUAAGAAAAAAAAAAGUUUGAAUCUUGUUUGUUAUCACAGUAGCAUAAUAGCAAAUGCUAACCAUUAAUGUCAGCUCUCUUUUUCUCCCUUCAAAACCCUCCCCUCUACUCUCUCUCCCCUCCAUCUCUCACCGCUGCUUUGCAGCCGGCUCCGGCGACCUUCGUCUGGGCCCCAUUUUCCCCAGGUGGUUCAAUAUCACAUCAGCAGCUGACGCUGGCAGUAUCCGAAUCGGCCAUGAAUCAGACGCUUCCUCCAGCACCGACGGCCCUUCCUCCUCCCCUUCCGGCGGCUCACAGAGGCGGGGACUUGGAGGUAGUGGCGGCAGUAGAGUAAAUGCUAGAGAGAAGAAAUGGUCGAGAAAUAGGGAGAGUUAUUUGGUUAACAAUGAAGAUGCUCUUCCUCUUCCUAUGACUCACCCUGAUUCUAAACCUGUUUCGCCCCAAGAGAUUGAGAAAAGACUCCAGUGUGAUCCUAUUAUUGAGGAUUGUAAGGAAGUGGUUUAUGAGUGGACCGGGAAGUGCAGAAGUUGCCAAGGCUCUGGUUAUGUAAGCUAUUUCAAUAGAAGAGGGAAAGAAACUAUUUGCAAAUGUGUACCUUGCCUUGGUAUCGGGUAUGUGCAAAAAAUAACAGGUCGCGCAGAUAUUGCUGCAAUGGAUGAAUUGGAUGAUGGAAAGCCAUUCUUGCCAUGAUAGUUUUUGACUUCAGGGAGUAUACUGAGUAAUAACUUUUUAAUGAGUUGUAGAUUGAAGAUUUAUAUACAAAGAGAAUAAAGUGAAACAUCAUUGAAAUGAGAAUUUCAAAAAUUGAUUCUGAUAAUUCCUUGUAACCUUUUGCAAAGAAUAUAUUCUUUUCUUCUUCAA